GAUAAGAACAACUUGCUGAAGACAUUUUGAAUAAAGAGACUCUUCAAAAUAACAUGUGCCAGUCUUGUUCUCAAUUUUAUUUUGCAGCUGUCUGUAGUUUAUCACAUUAUAAAGCUUAUACAAACAGGUCAUAUUGAUGCUUAUAGCAGUCGGGCAAACAUUACUGAAAUAAAUGUUUAAAAGUAAAAAAAUAUUUUAGUACAUAAAACCAUCUUGAAUAUUUGUAUAAUAUUGCUUUGAGGCUUUAGGUGUCUGUUUGAGCUUUAAUACCUAGUGCACUCAGGACAUUUUGGCUUUCUGUUCCAGUUUUACUCGUAGACUUGAAGAAAAAUUGCUCGUUAUAUAUGAAGUGAUGGAUCUGCAACCUGUCCAGUGACCRCUGGUCUGGACAACGCAACCAGCAUAUAAAUGUAUGAGUUUGUGUCAUUAACUAUUUUUCAAAAAUAAUAGUGAUUAUGAAGUCCUACUAAUCCUAAAAAGCUGAAGAGAAAACUUGUCCAGUGGGUUAAAAUUGGGUGUAAAUAGAGUUCAGAUAUCCAUGGAUUGUCCUACUUGAGACACCGUAGAAGGUGUUUAAUGGUAUCAUAGCAACCAUACAAAAGUUAGGAACGCUUGACGGCAAAUUAAGCUAGCCGUAAAAAAGUUUGUCGCUAUUUGAACCUUAAUUUGAAUGCCUCGUGUGUGCAAAUAUUCGUUUUUUUUUWAUUAUAAUUACCGACGGAGUCUGUGCACAAGACGAAUAUCUGUUUUUGUAUCUCCGUUAGCAUUAGCACCCCGGUGAAGAUGGAUAGUGGAUCAUAUCGUAUAAAUGUAGAAAGAACGCUGGCUAUCAUCAAACCUGAUGCGAUUCAUAACCUGAAGGAGAUAGAGGAUGUUCUCCUCAAAUCAGGCUUCAUUAUACUGCAGAAGAGGAGGCUGCAGCUGAGUCCGGAGCAAUGUAGUGAUUUCUAUGCGGACCAGAAUGGAAAACCCAUUUUCCCCUCCUUGAUGGACUUCAUGAGCUCCGGCCCCAUUGUUGCCUUGAUGCUGGCUCGUGACGAUGCUGUCGCACACUGGAAGUCCAUCAUAGGGCCUGCCAGCAUCACAGAAGCCAAAGAAAAUUAUCCAGAGUGUCUAAGAGCAAAAUAUGGAUCAUCUGACCUGCACAAUGCACUCCAUGGCAGCGAGUCACUCCACGCUGCUGUAAGGGAGAUCAGAUUCAUGUUUCCGGAUACAAUAAUAGAAGGAGGAGAAGCGACGGAAGAAUACCUGAGCAAAAACGUCAAUCCAAUUCUGCUACGUGGACUCACUGAGCUCUGCAAGGAAAAGCCUCUCAACCCACGUAUUUGGCUCUCUGACUGGCUGAUGAAAAACAAUCCAUACCAGCCUCAAAUAUGUGACGGCGUCAUGGAUGAAAACUGAGUCGAGAGGACAUAAAGAGGGGACAACAUUCCGUGUUUUUUUUUUUUUUGAUAAAUUGGUUUAUUGCUACAAAUCAAUAAAUUUAAUUUUCAAAUAGGUUUUGAUUCUUAUUAGUAUAGAUCAACCAUCUCAGGCCUUGUAGAACAGCCUGGUAAGACAGCUUCUAUUCUGUUUUAAAUCUACAUUUGGCAAGAUCAUUAACUAGUGUGGAGUAAAUAAUUAGUUACAUUUAUGUUCGGAGGAACAUCCUCAUUGACUGUUCAUUUUGAAAGGGUUGCAAAGUCUUUAUCUAUCUGAAACCAAAUUUAUGUUGGGUAAAAAUAUUUCAUAAAUUACCACUGCCCAAAUUUAGACUAGUAAUUCCACACAGGUUUAAUGACUCCAACAUCUUGAGCUCGUCCUUUUUUCUUCUUUUUUUUUAAAAACAAAUUCGAUAAUACGACACGGCAGCACAAACCCUGUGGUGAAUUGCAAUAUGUUUAGGAUCAAAGCUGUUUGUGCCAAUAUUCAACCCCGACAGCGUGGCUUUUAUUUUAAUCCUUCAAUAACGCCCAAAACUGAACACAUUAGCUGAAAAAGGUUCAUGGAGUUCCUUCCUUCCUGUGUUCUAA